AACAGCGGGCACCGAGUCGUCUGGCAAGACAGUGGGCUCCGAGUCAACAGGCACGACAGUGGGCACCGGGUCAUCAGGUAUCGGAUUGUCUGGCUCGACAGCGGGCAUCGGGUCACCAGGUAUGACAGCGGGCACUGGGUCACCAGGCAUCAGGUCAUUUGGCUUGCCAGCGGGCACCGCGUCAUCUGGCAAGGCAGUGGGCACCGGGUCACCAGGUACCGGAUCAUCUGGAUCAACAGCGGGCAUCGAGUCAACUGGCCUAAUAGGAUCGUCGGGCUGGAUCAGUUCAUCAUGCUGAGUAGCGGCAUCAGGCUGAAUGCAGGCAUCAGGCCGAGUAGAGGCAUCAGGCUGAAGAGAGGCAUCAGGCUGAAGAGAGGCAUCAGGCUGAAGAGAGGCAUCAGGCUGAAGAGAGGCAUCAGGCUGAAGAGAGGCAUCAGGCUGAAGAGAGGCAUCCGGCUGAAGAGAGGCAUCAGGCUGAGUAGAGGCUUCAGGCUGAGUAGAGGCUUCAGGCUGAGUAGAGGCUUCAGGCUGAGUCACGGAAGGCAGGUCACACGGUUUGGAUACUGG